AUGUCGUUCGUCACUGAUGAAUUGAACCAGUUACAGAAAGAGAUUCUCGCCAAGAAUCCUUUGGACGUGUUGCAGUUCUGCGCAAACUACUUCAACACAAAGUUGGCCUUGCAGAGAGCUCACUUAUGGCAGGUCCAAGGCAAGGCCAAAGCCGCCGGCAUUGAGUUGUUCCCGGGACUCGACUCCGUGGCUUUCGACAACAAGGGCCUGGGUGUAAUUCCUUCCACUCGUCAGCCCUCGUUCAAGUCGCCUUUUGGUGAUAACGACCCCCACUCAGACCACUCCAAUGAUCCCCAUGCUCCACUGCAACCUUCUGUUGCUCCUGUUGGGCUUUUCAAGGGAGGAUUUGAUGUUGGCCGCAAACCAACUUCUAAUCCCGCUCCGGAUGUGGACCCUAACGAUCACGAUGGUUCACCAGUGCCAGCUCCUCGUGCUGUACCAAAACUCCCAGUGGCUUUCAAUGCAAACAGAAGAGUAUCGGUUUCUGCUGAGGCCAUGAACCCGGACAAGUUCAAAUCGGACUCAUGGAAGCCUCCUGUGAAUGAUUUGACUCCUGAGCAAAGAGCAGAGUUGGCCAAAACCUUGUCGCGUAAUUUCUUGUUCCAGCAGUUGGACGUCAACAGUAAAAAGACCGUGGUGGCAGCCUUGAUGAAGAAGGAGUUUCCAAAGGGCACUGAAAUUAUCACCCAGGGUGACGUUGGUGAUUACUUCUAUAUAAUCGAGUCAGGUACUGUGGACUUUUAUGUCAACGGAACGAAGGUCAACACCUCCAGCGAUGGCUCCUCCUUCGGAGAAUUGGCAUUGAUGUACAAUUCUCCAAGAGCAGCAACUGCAGCUGCAGCAUGUGAUGUGACUUGUUGGGCAUUGGACAGAGCAACCUUCCGUCGUAUCUUGUUGGAGGGCACAUUCAACCGUAGAAUCAUGUACGAGGAUUUCUUGAAGGAUGUCAAGGUCUUGUCCGGCUUGACACACCAGGAAAGAUCCAAGUUGGCUGAUGCAUUGAGCACCGAGAUGUACCAUGCUGGCCAGAACAUUGUCACUGAAGGAGAAACCGGUGACAAGUUCUACCUCAUUGAAAGUGGAACCUGUGAAAUCUCCAAACACGAUGCGGGUGUUAUUGGCAACAUCGGUAAGGGUAAAUAUUUUGGAGAGGUCGCCUUGUUAAAUGAUUUGCCCAGACAGGCUACAGUGAAGGCAUUAGAUAAUGUCAUUGUGGCCACCUUGGGCAAGUCCGGUUUCACGAGAUUGUUGGGGCCAGCGCUUGACGUGUUGAGAAAACAGGAUCCUACUGCCCACUAA